AUGGCCACUGUCAAUAUUAAUGAGAAGAACGAGAAGGCGCCUGCGCCGCUGCCCCAGACCGCCCAACCACAACCAACGGUGCCCAUGUCGAUCCCGGGCGCUGGGAACCGGAACGUGAAGAACCUGCCGCUCGAUGCUGAAGGGAAGAGAGACUGGAGUUUUGGGUUGUUGGAUUGCUUGGGGGACAUCAGCACUUGUUGCUUGGCAUGCUGGUGCCCCUGCCUGGCGCACGCUCAGAACCGUCGUCGCCUCGACCAUCUCAACGCGACUGGGAUGCCCGACCCGAACCGCGACCGUAUCGUUGCAGGAGACAGCUUGGUGUAUGCGAUCAUUGAGGUUGCUUGUGAUAUGGGUUGGAUUCUCCAGAUCGCUACCCGGAACAACAUCCGCCAGCGAUACAAUAUCCGAGGGAGUGCGAUGGGCGAUUGCUGUGCGCCGUUCUGCUGCCAGGCCUGUGACCUCGUCCAGGGCAGUCGAGAGUUGCAGUUGGAGGAGGAGAGCUUCACCAUCCAGCAGACGCCACAGGCCUAA